AUAUUUAAAAAAAAAAUGAAUACAUAAAAGUGUUAUCUGAUGAUGAUGACUUUUAUAUAUUGAAGUGCGUUUUCUAUUGCUUGCUAUAAUAGUUCCAAUUUAGUAAAUUUUCUCCAAGUAUCAUUUAGUUGGUCUUCAAGGCCAGCAAGGAGAAGUAUUUACUCCUGAAACUUCUCCAUAACGUCCAUAGGUACGUCUAAGAUAUUUCAAGAAUCCAUGAUGGGAAGCACACGGCUCAGGAAAAAUUCCUCGUUGGUAAACAAUAUCAGAGACAAACAACCAGACAUCAAAAUACAGAAAAUGACUGAUACAAAUUCCUACUUGAAGUAUGUUAGCUUACUAAUUUUAACUCUCCAAAAUGCUGUGUUUGGUUUAAGUAUGAGAUAUGCCAGAACACGAGAAGGUGAUAUGUUUUUAUCCUCAACAGCUGUACUGUUGAUGGAAGUUGUCAAACUGAUCACCUGUUUGAUGAUUGUCUACAUAGACGCCGGUGGAUUAUUAAAAAUGUUUCGUUUAAUAGAUCAACAAAUUAUUAAACAACCUGUUGAUACUCUCAAGAUAUGCGUUCCUUCAUUCGUGUAUCUGGUUCAAAAUAAUUUGCUGUACUUAUCUGCCUCUCAUUUGGAUGCAGCUACAUAUCAGGUGACGUAUCAAAUAAAAAUCCUUACUACUGCACUGUUUUCCGUAUUUAUCUUGAACAGGAAACUUCUACGUACUCAAUGGAUCUCACUUUUCACCCUCAUCACUGGAAUUGUGCUUGUGCAAUUGGCCAACACCGAUGAUAACACUACGUCAAUGCAAGGAAUGGAGCAAAAUCGGUUCAUCGGUUUCAUGGCUGCGUUGACUGCAUCCUGCUUGUCGGGCUUUGCUGGGGUUUAUUUUGAAAAAAUGCUCAAAGGUAGUAACGUCACCGUCUGGAUAAGAAACGUCCAACUCUCCUUCUGCGCAAUACCGUUCGGCUUGAUUUCGUGCUUCUUGUACGACGGCGCGAAAAUCAGGGAACAAGGAUUCUUCUUUGGUUACGACAAAUUCAUACUAUUCCUAGUUCUACAGCAAGCUUCAGGCGGACUUAUCGUGGCUGUCGUGGUUAAAUACGCUGACAAUAUUCUGAAAGGUUUUGCAACGGCCUUGGCCAUAGUUAUAUCCUGCAUAGCUAGUAUAUACAUAUUUGAUUUCCAAAUAUCCUUCCAGUUUGUUGCGGGAGCCGGAUUUGUUAUAUUCUCGAUCUUUCUGUACGGUUACACCCCGAAGAAACCAGAUACAUGAUUAUAUAAUUAUAAAAUUAAAUUAUUAGAAGAUUUUUUACCAAGCAACAAAAACAAAAUUUGUUUAAUUUAUUAUUGUUUUGUUAUUUGAUUUCCGAUGUGGAAGUCGAAACGUCAAAUAAAUUUUAUUUCAAACUUAA